UACACUUCAGGCGGCGGCGGUCACAAGAAGAGGAAGAAAGAACACACCUGCGCCUCCCUCUCCUCACUUCACCUGGCUUCAACAUCGUCUCACCAGCACCUCAGCAUCCUACAGACACCUCCUCCUGACCUGCAUCACCAUCAAGCACUCCUAAAGUAGCGUCCUUGCAACACAAACCAGUAAACUGCAACACUAAUUUUCAAGAAUACCGUGUUACUUGGAGAGGAUAUAUUUCCUGGAGUGUUACCGCCCUCCACAGGCCUGGCGGGAGGAGGUGAGAAGGUCGUUGCGGCAGCGGUGGCAGCAGCAUCUGGGCGAGAGGAGGGGGAGGAGGAGGAGGAGGAAGAGGAAGGUCAUCAUGAAAACUCCUCUCAACAAACAGAGUCUCCUUCCAACAUGAUGUGGUAUGCACGACUGCUGUGUCACCACCCUUAUGCUGUACUGAGCAGUGUGGUAGUGGUGGUGGUGACUUGCCUGGUGCUCUCCCUCACAGCCCGGCCUCUGCCCUCCUUCACUGAUCCCUCCUUGGGGUUUGUGGCGCGAGGGACAACUGUGAGCCGCCGUGCUGUGGCAUGGGAGAACCUACUGGAUGCUUCACGUUACCAUGGUCCGCUUAGUGUGAACCCUUCAGGUGAUCCCCGGCUGAACCCACGACUAAGAGAACCUAAGAAGGAUGACGGCCCACCACCAAUCCAUCGGCAUAAGGUGUGCAUUGAGGUGACCCCCAAUGGCUCAGCAGUGGUCCCAAACUGUGCUGAGGAUAACAUGAGGAACAGUAGCCUGAACUCAAGCUCUCUGGAAGAUGAGAGUCAGAAAACACCCAUCUCUGACCUUACCAUCAUGGUCAACAAUGCUGUCAGGAGCGAGGAUGAGGCCUGGGCUGGGGAGGAGAGCCCAGUGGAAUACCAACUGCAGACUAAGUGGAAGGAAGAUAAUCAUCCAAAUCAUUCACACUUAGGAGAUGAUGGCUUUUUCUGUGCCCCUGUUGUGCCAGAGUAUGGAAGGGUCAUCCUGAAGAGCACUGUGCCAAGAACCACCCUUCUCACCUUGCGCCAUCUACAAGCCAUCUGUGAGCUGGAUGAGCGCCUGCGUUCCCUGUCAGAAUUUCAACCAAUCUGUGAAACAUGGAGUCCUGGUCGGUGCUGUCCCUCUUGGUCCUUGCCCAACUAUGUGGCACUUCUCUCUAAUCGCUCCUCUUGUCACAAAAUUGUGCAAGAGGAUGUGGAUAAGGUGCAUCGUCUUCUGCGUUGGUGCUCUCGUCACCUAGACCUGAUGCUGGAGGGCGGCUGCCAGGGGCCAAAUGGGUGUAACCAAGUGCCCAAGGAGUGCCUGAUGCAUGAUGCUAUGUACACCAUCCUACACUAUCUGAUUGAUGCAGCUUUCCUUAAUCCAGAGGUGCCUGACCCUGAUCACCCAGAACCCUUCAGGCUGUCAGAACCUCACCACAAACACCAGAAGCAGAUAUUGGAAGAGAGACUGAGCUUCACUGCACUGUUUUUACCCAUCGCGCGAGGCUCUCAGGCUCUUCCUUACUUUGAGGCUUUGCAGCAGCUGGACCUCACCCUCGAUAAUGUGACUGUGACAGCUGUGGACCUCGGUCUGAAGUACGCUCUUUUUGACAAACUGCUGCUGGCAAAUUCCUACCUGCUGGGUGUUGGUGGUGGAGUGGUGUUGUUCCUCAUGUGGUGCUACACUGGCUCCCUCUUCAUCACCCUCAUCACCAUCACCACCGUCGCCUGUGCCCUCAUCAUUGCCUACUUUAUGUACAUCUUCAUCUACGAGAUUGCCUUCUUCCCCUACAUGAAUGUGCUCACGACUGUCAUCGCUGUGGGCAUAGGUGCGGAUGACACUUUUGUGUAUUGCCGUGUGUGGACCCUGGCCAAGCAGGACAAGAACACAGGCACAAUGGUCAAGCUUGUGGCCGACACCUUCCAUCAUGCUGCUGCCUCCAUUGCCGUCACCUCCCUCACCACAGCUGCUGCCUUCCUUGCUUCCUGCGUCUCCCACAUUACUGCUAUCCGCUGCUUCAGCAUCUUUGCCGGGACAGUGGUGUUGGCCAACCUGUUGCUGAUGCUGACCUGGGUACCAGCGUGUGUUGUGGUGGCUGAGCGCUGGGGGGCUUCCACCUGCUGCCUGUGUGUACCCCCUGCCCCUGUUUAUGCCCCACAGCUGCCACCCCGCUGCUCUGUGCUGUGCUCCCUCCCCCUCAGGCUCUGCUACUUCUGUGCCGAGUCUGCUCGUGUGUUCUUUGAGAAGGUGUUGCCUUGGGUGGUGAUCAAGCUGAGAUACUUAUGGGUAGUAAUACUAGGCAGUUUGGCAGUGUGCAGCGCUCUUGUUGUCUUCUAUUACCCUGGCCUGCAGCUCCCAGACUCACAGGAGUUCCAGCUUUUCUCUCGGGAUCAUGUAUUUGAGCAAUAUGACCUAGAAUACAAGUACAAAUUCUGGUUUGAACGCAACCUUCGGAAAGAUGUGGUCAACCGCCUGCCAGUGAGGGUGGUGUGGGGUAUCCAGGCAGUGGACAACGGAGACCACCUCAAUCCUGCCUCCAAGGGUUCCCUAGUGUUUGAUGAGGAGUUUGACAUGGCCCAUCCAGAGUCGCAGGAGUGGCUGCAUGGUUUCUGCCGGGAGCUGCGUAACCAGAGUUUCUAUUUGCCCACCCUGGGACCCCUCCUGCCUAACUGCUUCAUUGACACCUUCAAGCUGUGGAUGGAAGAACGAAAGUGUCAGGACCCCAUCAAUGGGGUGAACCGAUAUCCGUGCUGCAAGGAUUCUGCCUUCCCUUACUCUCGGUAUGUGUUUGACCAGUGCAUCCAUGAGGGCAUCAAGGCUCUUUACCAGACCCCACGGGAGUAUUUCAUUCCUGGUGUGGCCGGGCCAAAGUUCAGCCGGGACACAGGCAAGGUGGUGGCAGUGGUGGUGGAGUAUGAUAGUAACAUGCUGUGGUCUCUCUCCUACACUGCCAUGCAGGAGUUCUUUCAAAAGGUGGACUCUUGGGUACAAGCACAGAUGAAGGAGGCACCAUAUGGAAUGCGAGGCGGCUGGUUCACAUCCUAUAUGGAGUUCUAUGACGUGCAGCACUCACUGUCUGUGGGGACAGGUGUAGCAGUGGCUGUGGCAGUAGGGGUGAGCCUAGCUGUGCUGGUAUUCACCACUCUUAACGUGGUGGUGAGUCUUCUUGCAGUGGUAAGUGUGGGUGCCGUCAUCUUGGUGACCUUGGCAUCCCUGGUGCUGCUGGGUUGGCGACUCAAUGUGCUGGAGAGUGUGACAGUUAGUGUGGCCAUUGGCCUAGCUGUAGACCUCACCCUGCACUAUGGUGUAGCAUAUAGACUCUCUCCUGAGGCUGAACGUGAGGCAGCUGUCACAUGGGCCAUUGGUCGCCUGGGCAGUCCGGUGUUCAUGGCUGCUGCUACCUCCCUGGCUGCUGGGGUGGCUAUGCUGCCGGCCAAUGUGCUGGCCUAUGUACACAUCGGGACCUUCUUGACAGUGAUCACCUCUGUCUCUUACGUGUACGCCACACUCUUCUACCUCCCUCUGUUGCGCAUCUUUGGCCCAGAGUCUGGUUGUGGCCAGCUGUCAUGCCCCAAGCUGUGCUUAUGUUCUUGUUGUGGCCCAAGCAAUCAGCAACAUGUGGAUAAGACAGUGUACCAACAAGCCUACAUGAGUGAGUCCACGUUGUCCACUUCCAGCACAUCCUGCCCACCACCCCAGACUCACCCGUCCUCGGACACCCACGAGCUGGAGCCGCUGACGGCCAUGAGGCUCGCUGGUCGAGCCCGGAUGGUGCAUACGCCAGCCCGGCACAAGGUGGGGCUGGCUGAACCAGCUGCUCCACCUGAAGCCGUUGCCAAUCACACCACACCCAACCCUGAGGCUGGAGCAUCCUCUGGGAUUGGACGCGCUGCCCGGUCUGGAUCUUUAUCUUCCUCUGUCAGUGGUCGAGACCAUUCGACCUUCAUCCCCCGUAAGGUAUCCCUGCCCUCACCUGGAGGAGCAGUGAGUGAGGGAGGAGAACCCUCCCCCAGGCACAGUGUGGCUCCAGCCUCCUCAGCCACCACCAUCCUUUACUCUGAGCCAGAUACUGACUAUGGCCAACAGAACCACCACCCUCAGGAUGGCAGUGUGGCUCUGGGGUCAGCCAUGAUGGAGGCUGGGGCUGUGGUGGCAUGAGAGGGCUGGGGAAGGUGGUGCUAGGUUGAGGCUGUCAUUGUGAUAACAUGUUGCUCAUUUCUCUUGUGUUGUGGUAUGGUGGUGUGUUGGCAAGGAAAGCUCUGCCUUGAGGGGGCAGCUGUACCUGCCACGGUGCAGCUGGUGAUACAAGUGUGUUGUUGCUGCACCAGGCAGGUAUGUAACAUUUGGUAUCAUAUAUACAUAGAUAUAGAGGUAUUAUAUACACAUGUUUGAUGUUGUUGUAGAAUGUGUGUGUGUGUGUGUGUGUGUGUGUGUGUGUGUGUGUGUGUGUGUGUGUGUGUGUGUGUGUGUGUGUGUUAAGACUUGUGAAUGAAGAACAAAAAUAUUUCGUUUUGUGAAUUGUUAAAGAUUGAAUUUCAUUAGUGAUGAAGAUGGCUUUUAUAUCAUAUAAAACAAUCUGUUGUAAUUUUUAUGAAAAAGCAGCUUUCUGUAAUUGUAGAUACCAGAGCAGUCCUAUAAUUUUUAAAACCGGCACUUAUAUUAUUAGAAUUAAGUUUGAUAACAAUAUUCUAAGAGUUUAUUUGUUAAUUUGUUCAUACAUUUCACUGAGUGGUUGGCGUCAGUUUUCCUAGCAGGACAUUUGCCUCCAAGGUUAGCUGAGCACAUUUGUAGAGCCACUUGUCAAACCAGUCAUUGUGUCCUGUCUCAGUAGCUCACUUAUCUGCCUGCCUUGUGCACUGCUUCAUUGGAACCUUGGCGUUUCCCUGGCCCCUCACAGCCAGACGGAAGUAGUGUUGACGCAACGCAUAACGACCAAGUUUUAAAGUGACUUAUUGUGUACCUGUGUUGUUACUGUUUUGGUGUGCUGAAGUGAGUUGACAAUGUGUUGUUUAGAGUGACAGCUUUUUUUAAAUGUGGUGAUGUUGCAUAGUGCAUUUUUUUACAGAAUAGUAACUCCUUGAUCAGCAUUUUUCUUAUUAUUUGCAAGUCAUGACCAAAAGACCCACUAGAGCUGCCAAGACUUAAUCUGAAGGUGUGUUCAUGAUGGAUAAGUUUUGUCAAUUUGUAAAAAGAAGAGAAAGAAAA